AUGUUUCCCCAUCACAGAGAAAGAGAGCAGCCAAUCUUCAGCACGCGGGCUCAUGUCUUCCAAAUUGACCCGACCACCAAGAGGAACUGGAUCCCUGCAAGCAAACAUGCAGUUAACGUGUCCUUUUUCUUCGACUCCAAUCGCAAUGUCUACCGUAUCAUCAGCGUGGGUGGCACUAAGGCAAUCAUCAACUGCAUUGUUACACCCAGCAUGACGUUUACAAAGACGUCCCAAAAGUUCGGGCAGUGGGCCGACAGCAGGGCCAACACAGUCUACGGUUUGGGUUUUGCGACGGAGCAACAACUGCACCAGUUCUCAGAUAAGUUCAAAGAAGUGAAAGAUGCCGCUCGUCUGGCAAGAGAAAAGUCACAAGAUAAAGAACUAGCCAACACGGCCCUCAGUAUCGCUGCACCUCAGGUGAGCACAGACCUCUCGGAUGACCUCCAGUCCCCUCCAGUCAUGUGUGUGAACGGGCCUGAAGACAAGCUGUUUCGCAGUCAAAGUGCAGACAUCACGCUGUCCUCUGAGAAGGAGCGCAUCAAAAAGAUGCUCUCUGAGGGGUCCAUCUGCGAGAUGAACCUGGAAGCAGAGCUCUUCACGCUACAAGACAGCAACUCCAAAUUAGUGGCAGCAUUGCACGAGGCCAACGCAAAUGUGGAGCAGUGGAAAAAACAGCUCCUCGCAUAUCAAGGAGAAACCGAAAGGCUCAGAGAGCAGGUGGCCGACCUGGAGGCUCACGGCGGUCACGGCCCCAGUGACUUACUGAAAGAUGAGUUGACACAGUCUCUGGAGGAGUUGGAGGCUCUGUUGAAAGCCAAAGAUGAGGAAAUUCACAUUUUGCAAAGCAAAAAGUCAGACUAUCAUGAGAUUGAGCGGGAUAGAGAUCAAGCUAUUCACAGAUUACGGGAAGUUGAGAUGCGCAAUUCCGAGUUGGAGCGUCGCAUCCAGAAUACGGAGCAGAACUUGAGCAACUCGCUGGGGGAUCGAGACCGCAUUGACACUGAGCUCCAGAGAGCUAUCGAAAUUUUAGACAUCAAGAUCUUUGACCUCAACGACCUUCGCCAGAGCUUAGUUAAACUCAUGGACAAAUAA